CACUGGUUUAACAAAUAAAUAUUUCAUGUUUCAGUUCCCAUUUGAUGCAGAAGAUGACAUGGAAUUAUUUGAGAGCAUCAGGAACGACAAACCUGCCCUGACAGAGGAAUUGUCAGAGGAAGCUCAGUGCCUAAUACUAAGAUUACUGGAGAAAAAUCCAUGUCAUCGCCUCGGAUCCAGCGAGACUGGUGCUGAAGAGGUUAAAGCCCAUGAAUUCUUUGAAGAUAUUGAUUGGGAAGAAUUUCUUGAAAGAGAACUGAUGCCUCCAUUUAAACCAGAUGUCAGUGGCCUUACAGAGAGUACCAGGCAAUCUGAAUGCCAAGCCUGGGGAUUAAUGCCACCAGCUGAAGCGAUAUCAGCAGAAGCACAAGCGUUAUUUGAAGGAUUCGACUAUUCAGCUGAGUGAGAGGCAAUUGCAAGGGGCAGAUAUAUGACUGGAAAGGGCGGGUGGAGGGCCAGUCCAUAUACAAAUCAAAAGCCCCAUUGACUUAAAGUUAACAUCAGAUGCCCCAAGUCAUCAGUUUCUGAAGGAACAGUCUAAUGGUGGCGCCAAAGUAUCUGUACGUCAGCCCUAAAGAGCAGAGUUCUGGACUGAGAUCCAAAAGAGACCCCGGCAUUUCAAGUACAGAGAUCCAAACAGCCCCCUGUGGCAUUUGCCUGAAUCUACAGAUUGCCACCCCGGGCCUGACCUGAUUGUAAAGGAACAGCCUAAUGGUGGAACAACAGUAUCUGCAGGUGGCUCCAGAGUAUCUGUACAUCAGCCCUGAAGAGCAGAGUCAUUCAAGAGUCAAUGAGUGAGAUACAGACUGUUGGAAGGGGCAAAUAUAUGACUGGAGCGCACUGGGAGGACUUA